GUACAUAUAAUUAUGUAGAUCUACCCUAGCUGCAAUUAUAAACGCGGUUAAAUACCGGCUGGAUACGUUAUACAGCAUGAUACAGAUAUAUACAUGUACAGGGCUGUAUAUAGAUCUACAUUAAAGUGUACGUGUCAGAUCAUAUUAUAGAUUGAAAGACUCGACUAAACAAAGUAACGAAGACAAUUAUUAAUGGCUGUAAAUCGACACGCAAUCGAGCAAAUUCACAUCACUGAGAAUGAAGAGGAGGAGGUUGUGAUGAAGGACUCGGCAAUCCAGGAGAAAGCAGGAGAAAUUGAGGCACUGGCGGAGGAUAAAAGACGACAAGAUGAAGAAAGUGAAAACACUGUCGAGCGUACGCAGUUGGUGCACUCUGUGGAAACUAAUCAACUCUUAUUGGAGAAUGAAGAUCUUAAAGGUCAACUCGAAGAUGUAAUUGUUGCCAAAGAUUUGAUUAUUACUAACAAAGAUUCGAUGCUUACCACCAAAGACACCUCACUUCAGAAGAAAGAAGAUACCAUAGACUUCCUGACCAGCAAACCACAGUCCCUACAGGUUCAGUUGUCCUACAGUCAGUGCUCUGAGGCUCCAGUGGAGAUGUCUAGUGGGCAAGCGGUAACCAUCAAUGGCAAGGUCUACUAUGGUGGAGGAUUCUGCGAUGACGAUGAUGACGAGUACUGUGUCCACUGUUACGAUCCGCCACAAGACGUUUGGUCAACUCUGCCCAGACUUCCUGUACGCUAUUUUGGUCUAGGAGAAGUCAAAGGUGAACUGGUAGCAGUUGGUGGUGCAGAUUCAUUCCGCUCUAAAUCCAACAUGGUACAUGAGUUUAACAAAGGAAGGAAUUGGAAACAGACGAUCCCACCCAUGCCCACAACGAGAGCUUGGCCAGCAGUCGUUAGUCUCCCAACACAUCUGGUUGUAGCAGGAGGUUUGAGAUUCCUUGGUGCCCUCACUGAUAAGGUUGAGAUCUACAACAUCAGCACCUCCCAGUGGAGCGAGACAGACAAACUACCGUAUGCUUGCGAGGACCAAAGAGGAAUUGUCUACAACAACACAGUGUACCUAAUGGGGGGAAGUGCCGUCAAUCAUCUAAACAAGGUGUGUGCUGCUCAAGUCGACAAGCUCAUCUCAGCAGACCAUCAGGACGAUGGGAGUGCCAAAAAAUCCGACUCUGUCUGGAAUACAAUAUCCAACACACCGUCUUACGCGCCCUCCCCUGUAACGAUAUCCGACACCCUCUUCGCUAUUGGUGGAGUGGAUAGUGAAAGAAAAGCCAUUCAAAGGAUCUACGCCUACUCAUCCUCGAUGGAUUCCUGGCUCUACGUUGGUGAUCUACCAUCUCCUAUAGCAUUCGCUGCCACUGUGUCACUGUCUCCAACAGAGUGCCUAGUGAUUGGGGGAGAUAACAAAAACGAUGAAUACAAAUCAACUGUUCUUAAACUUUCGCUCAAAAACGUUAUGACAUAAAAACAGUCUGUGAUUAUUAAUUUUCUUGGUAUGUGAUUUUUAGAAUGCCUUGUGAUUGGAGGCAACUGCAUGUUCUUAAAAUGUUCAGCAAUUUUUGUGCCAUAAACGCUAGCUUUUAAUGUGAGAUGAUUAGCAAUG